AUGGAUUCACAACUUCAUCGCGAGAGGCAUUUGACGAAGGAUGGGGGACUCAAUGCCCAACAACCUACAAGCUCGCCCCUCUCAAGCCCACCCCGGCAAUUACAAUCUCAACAGCCAUCUUCGAGGAAUAAGUUAUUGUCGGCCGCACGGAAUAGAGAGACGGGCAUGAACCAGUCCUCUGACCUUUUUCACAAAUCCCCUGUGUGUCAAAGCUCCGAGUCUGUGAGACCAUCCUCAGCAAGAACCCAUCCCCAAGCCCGUCAAAACCCAACGUCUUCUAAGCCAUCGUCGAUUAGGGCUUCCUUUCCUGAGGUUGUCAGCGGUACAGGUUAUAGUAGUGGCAGUGUCGGAGGGUUUUCUGAGGAGCAGUUGUUGCAAAAUACAUUAACAUUGCUAGACUCUACCGAUCUCAACAGGGUAAGAGCUCUCCGACAUCGUAACUUAGGUCAAUUCGACGUUGAGCUCAAGACUCUAAUCGAAAAAGCUAGUUGGCAAGUGACCAAAGAGACACUAUUCACUAACUCAAUGCCAUCGGUAUUAAAGUUGGCGUACAUGGUCAGAAAUUCGUGGAAUUUUUCCAAGGCGGGAGCCGACUUUACAGCGUAG